AUGAGUACUCUGGCGAAGAGGGGUCUGAAGGUUGAUCCAAGAUGCCCCCAAUGUGGUGAAGCGAUGGAGACUACGGCCCACAUGGUUGCCCAGUGCAGUGAUAGCAAGCUGCUUUGGGUCCACUCCCCUGUAAGAACAGAAUUGUUUGAGCCUACUGGCUCCUCCUUUGCGGAGUGGUGCAUCGAGAUGUCAAAGAAAUGUAAGCUUAGCCGUAUGUGGGAGAUUGUGAUGAUGCUAAUAUGGCAAGCCUGGAAUAUGAGAAAUAUGUGGACUUUCGAGAAGAAGAGGAUGGACCCCCUACGAGCCUGCAACAAGAGUAUGUCGCUGCUAGGAGAGUUUGAAGCAGCUCUUGAGCGUGAUCAAACCCCUGUGGUAGCUCAUGAGACGGGUACAGAAGUGUGGCAGCCCCCUAGAGUUUCCUUAUACAAGUUAAACACUGACGCUGCAGUUCGAGAAGAUAGAAUAGGCCUGGGCAUGGUGGUGCGUGAUUGUGUGGGGGAUGUUAUGAUGGCUGCUGGAAUGAGCAUCACCACCGACAGUAGUGCACUACGAGCUGAAGCAGAAGCGGUCCGAUUUGGCAUGAGAUACACCUUUGAUGCAGGCCUGCGACACUUGGAGGUUGAAACUGAUUGCUCUCCCUUAGCACAGCUUCUUAAAAAGCAAAAGAAGGAAAGGUCCAUUACCCAAGCAAUAGUUGAUGAUAUUCUAGCUUUAGCAAGUAAUUUUGAGCUGUGUGUAUUUAAUUUUGCAAAGAGAUCAUGUAAUAAGGUGGCACAUUCAAUUGCCAAGAGCUCUCUCCCCUUAGAUGAGGCCUUGGUUUGGAUGGAAGACCACCCAACUGAUGUUCUUCCCCUUGUUGUAGCAGACAAGGCUUUCCUUUAUGAAUGA